UUGAAACUCACAUCGAAAUAUCUAACGAAGCCAACGAUGCUAGACCUGAUAUCGAAUUCUGAGUUUGAUGUGAAUAUUCUUGAAGAUGCUUUGACUAGCCCAAAUCUUGAGCUUACAUUUCCCUUGCCGUCAGACAAAAAAACAUACCUUCCCAUGAAAUCCAACGAAGAGGUUAGUAGAAGUUUUCAACUUUUAGAACAUUUUAUCAACUAUUUCACAAGAAUUAAUGUUUUCGAUAUCUACAAAAAUGCUGAGUAUAGGUAUUCCGUUCAUAAGGCGUCAAAGCGGUUCAACAGUAUGAGCGAGCUGUUCAUGAACGAUAGAUUGGAACAUUCAGACAAGAAGCUUGAUGAAAUCGUGUAUGAUCUAGUCGAUCUGGAGUUACGAAUGAAUUUGAUAAAAGCAAAAGACUUUCCGAGAAGAUUUACGGAGGUAAAAAAUUUUAUGAUAAACUACUACAAACAAGAAAAUUUGAAAAAUCUUCCGAGAUUUGGAUCGUACAGCUUUAUUCGAUUAUGCUACAUAACAGUUAUCAAGACUGUCACAAAAAUGUUUCCCCAAGGUGUGUGGACUAAUAGAGAGCAAUUUAGCAAUCUUUACAAGACUUAUCUCCAUGACCCAAUGUCGAUAGUGCUCUUGCCAAACCAUCAGUCUCACAUUGACUAUGUCAUCUUGCACCUCAUAUUGAUCAGAUUUCAAAUGUCUCUCCCUACAGUUAUUGCAGGAGAUAAUUUGAAUGUAGCAAUAUUUGGGUCGAUAUUGAAAGGCUUGGGUGGAAUAUUUAUUAAAAGAUCUUUCAAUAACGAAGCUUAUACUGAAAGAAACUUGACAAACUAUGUUGAAUUUGUAUUGUUGAACAAAAUCCACUUUGAGGUUUUCAUUGAAGGAACUCGCUCUAGAGAUGGUAAAUUACUUCUUCCAAAGUAUGGAAUCUUGAAGACGUUGGCAUCAAUCUAUCAGAAACAACGGAAGGAAAAUGAGAACGCCCACUUUGACUUUUUGAUCCAGCCCGUUUCUAUAACCUACGAGAGAAUAUAUGAGGCAGAUGGAUAUCUUCACGAAUUAAUCGGAAAAGACAAGAAGCAAGAAAGUUUCAUCAGCAUAAUGUCAAAUGGAGUAACGAAUAUGAUAUCGAGGAAUGAUCGCAAGAAAGUCACAUAUCUGUCGGAUGGCUUUGUCGACAACUCAAGCAGGCCUUUGAACGGUAAAAUAUUUGUGACUUUGGCGAAAAAUUUCACAUAUUCCUCAUACUACAAUGAUCCUAAGAAUAUGAUUGACCUAGAUCAGGUAGACGCAGUUGGACAUGAACAGAACACCAACCUCAAGAAGCUAGGAUUCAAGAUCUUACAUUCGAUAAAUGAUAUAUCUUAUAUUCCUGAAUCUGCUUUGAUUGGAUUUACUGUUCAAACUUUCUACUAUUAUGAUGGCCGCAAAGAAUUUUUCGUCAAGGAAUUAUUGCCAAUGAUGAAUCUUUUAACGGCAAUACUUGAAAAAGAAACCGUGAACGCAUCAACCAUUGGUUGCCUUAAGAAAAUACAAUCUUUAACUGAGGAUCAAAAGGUUUCAUUGAUUGAGUCUCAAAUCGUCAAAAUAUUCAGAUAUACAAAAGUAAACCCGCAUACUAAAAGGGUGAGAGUGGUGAACAGUUUCGAACUUCUCUAUUAUAAAAAUCUCACAAUACAUUUGAUUAUCCACAAAUGCUUGGUCUCUUUGAUCCUACUUAUAACACUGAAUGAGAAGCGCAUCAGUCAGCUUUACUACAUUUUCACAGGUGUUUUGAAAAACGAGUUUCUUUUUGAUUAUGAUUACAAUGCAAGGCACGAAUUAUCCAACAUUCUCAAAGAAUUCAAGGAUUUGAACUUGAUAUCAGAUUCUUUCGAAAUACUCGACGUGCAUUAUCACACAGUUCUUGCCACAAUAGUUCGACCAUUCAUCGGCUCAUUCGCCAUUUGUAUUGAAAGCUUAUCUCUCGUAGAUAGUCAAAGCUUCGCAAAUUGCAAUGCGAUCCCAGAACAACAGCUCAUUGACGAUGCUUCGCUACUGAAAGACUAUCCAACAACGAAGUCUCUUUUGAAAAUUAUUCAAAAAGACAAUCUCAAAAAUUUUGAAAAUGACUCCGCAUCAUAUCACGUUGAAACUUACAACAAACAGUAUCUUCUUUCAUUCUUGUUUUAUUUGAACAAUUUGAAGAUCAUCAAAAUUUUAAAAAAUAAGUCCAAGACAAAGGCUUAUGUCAUGAUAAAAAAUCCCAGCGACUUGUACUUCAUCUCCGGAUUUAUGAACGGCCUUAAGGCAAAUAAGUCGGAUGAUUCUUCUAUAAAUUACAUGAUCGACAUUGUUGACAAAAAUUUUGAUCGGAUUUUUCCAGGAACCACAAGCGAAGCACGUGUGUGUAAGUUGUAAAAGGUGUGGUCACAUAAUUACGUUUUCAAUAUUGUAAUUGAAUUUGUCAAAUUUUGCAGAAGGAUUCUAAAAUGUGUUCAUAGUAUGACAAAAUGAAGAGAAACAAACCCAAAAUAUGACAACGGUUCAUAGAUUUUCACAUGUGUAUUUUGAGUUUCGUAUAAUAUAAGAAAUACCUAAUCCGUUACCUGCAAUAAUCAAGAUAUUGGGGAGGGAUUAAAGGGGAAAAUAUUCUGCUAGCCAACAAGAAUACUUUCUCUGAGCAGAUCAUUUUCCAAGCCUUGUGUGC